UACUUGUACCGCACCACACCCUCUCUUCCUCUCUUUUGUUGUGCUCCUCUCCUCCUCUGCUGUACAUCUCUCUCUUAUCUCUCUCAGAAAAAUUGUUCUUCGUCCAGCCCCUCUUUUUUUUUCUCCCUCUCCCUGAGAAAAAAUAGUUUCUACCGGGCUUUGGGCCGCCGGAGCGAGCUUCUGGCCGCGCCCCACCGCCUGGGGUCUCCCGGCGCGGGCUGGAUCUGACGAGCUGCGGUGUUGGUUGCUUCUUCCUUCAAGGUUUCUUGCAAAUUUGGGUGAUCUUGAAAGCUCGUGAAGAAGGGGUUGUUGGCCAAGUAAAAGAUCCUGGAGCUGGCUUAAAGCGUUGUCCAUAAAAAAAUCAUGGGUGCUCUCUGCGAUUACUGUGGGGAGCAUAGGUCCAUGGUUUACUGCCGAUCCGAUGCAGCUUCUUUGUGCUUGUCAUGCGAUCGCAAUGUGCAUUCAGCUAAUGCUCUUUCUCGGCGCCAUACAAGAACUCUUCUAUGUGAUCGGUGUGCUUCACAGCCUGCUAUGGUCCGCUGCCUAGAAGAGAACACCUCACUUUGCCAAAAUUGUGACUGGAAUGGGCAUAGUGCUGGAUCCUCUGCUGCUGGACACAAAAGACAGAAUAUAAACUGCUAUUCAGGGUGCCCAUCAUCUGCAGAGCUUUCAAGAAUGUGGUCAUUCAUUUUGGAUAUUCCUAAUGUGGCUCCUGAGCUGAAUUGUGAGCAAGUAAUAAGCAUGAUGAGCAUCAGUGACAGUGCUGUCAGUAAUGGAGACAACGCGCAAGGGGACAACAGUUUGGUAGAUAUGGCUUGCGCAACACUUGAUGAAGAAGACAAACAAAAGUCUGUGAUAGGAUCAUCUUCUGAAGCUGCUCUGAACCUUCUUCCACCUGCUAAUAAUCAGACAGCUGUAUCUGUGGAUUCGACGACAGCUAAGUAUACGCCAGACAAACAUAUGUUCAGCAAGGACAGCAUAUAUGAAGAUUUCUCUAUGGAUGAUAUUGAUCUGAGUUACGAAAAUUAUGAAGAACUAUUUGGUAACUCUCAUAUUCAGACUGAGGAACUCUUUGAUGAUGCUGGCAUUGACAGUUACUUUGAACCUAAAGAAGCGACUGCUGUGAAUUCUGAUGAGCAGCCCAAGCCAAAGCAGCCGGCUGCUAGCAAUGCGUUAUCUGCUGACUCUGGGAUGUCAAAUCCAGCAGUAAAAGAAGAUGAUUCCAGUCUUUGUAUUCCUGUGAGGCAAGCUAUUUCCUAUUCUGGCUUUACUGGUGAGAGCAUUCCUGAAGAAUACCAAGACUGUGGUGUAUCACCAAUGCUCCUUAUGGGCGAGCCUCCUUGGCUUCCUCCUGGCCCUGAUGGGUCAUUUGCUGGAAUUAGAGACAGUGCUAUCACACGGUACAAGGAGAAGAAGAAAAGAAGAAAGUUUGACCACAAGAUCAGGUAUGAAUCUCGCAAGGCUAGGGCGGAUGUGAGAAAGAGAGUCAAGGGACGGUUUGUUAAGGCCGGUGAAGCGUAUGACUAUGAUCCGCUCGACACAAGGAGCUACUGAAUGCAGAAAAGCAUUGUGCUUAGAUUAGCAAUCUUAAACCAGUGCCUAUUGCAGCUGGG